GAAAGGGAGGGCGAGAGGAGAAGGAGGGAUGGAGAUGGAUGAUAGAUGCUUAUGUAGCGCGUUCGCCGUUAUGCUCGGCCGCAGACAAACUUGCAUCCUCCCGUGACUUUCUCUCCCCUGCUGCUUCACCCAUGAAGCAGGACGCAGGGCGAAUGCGUGCCAGUGUUCCGGAGCGCGUCGUGAUCGCUUGUUUAUCCGUCUGAUAAAUGGUUUUGGAGCUCGCCGCGCCCGCCAGUGCAGGCCCUGCGCUCCAGCGCUGCAUCCCGCACAUCCAGCGGGUUUUCCGGGUCAGAGUGAGCUGCAGCACCGCAGAGUCCAGCUGCGAGAGCCCCAACGCCGGCUCCAGUAUCAUCGUAAACAUCGAGGACGGCAGGGAAGAAGAUUGCACUAAAGCUCAAGAGUACAUUAUAUCACUGAUCAGUCCAGUGCAUAAGCACCGUGAGCGUUUGACCCUUUGGCUGCAGCGGCGACUGCAUGCCCUACGUGCAGCUAUUGAGUACGAGAGCUGUGCCGUGGUGCAGGUGAGGGACCAUGCACUGGAGCUUCAGGGAGGUCAUGCGCAGGUAACAGCUGCAUGCGCUAUGCUGCAGCGCCUGAAGAUGGAGCACCGUGGCUGCCGCGAACCCCAGGCCUUGCCCGCUGCUGCCGGCCAUGACUCUCCAGAAGAAGAGGAGGAGGAGGAUGAUGAAGAAGCCGGGGAAGAUGGGAGCAGUUCUGAGAGUGACGGAGAGGGGCGGUCACGGAGCAGGAGUUCUGGAGGUGUUGUCAGCACGUCGGGGUCAGGAGAAGGAGUGACCGGAAAGAGGCAGGACCCACUCAUAGCAACCAAACCUCACCGGCAGCUGUGCCGCUCAUCCUGUUUGGACCGUCCCAGCUUCAGCCAGAGCAGCAUCUUACAGGAGUUGCGCGCAGAUGACACCCAGAGAGCCCAAAUGCCCUUGCGUCAAACCAGCGAUCGAGAUUACCAGACCAAAAUGGACUUUGCUCUGAAGCUGGGCUACUCCGGAGAGCAGGUGGAGUCUGUGCUGGGUAAACUGGGGUCUAGCGCACUAAUCAAUGAUGUAUUGGCCGAGCUGGUACGGUUAGGGAAUAAAGGAGAUCAAGAGAGCCAGACAGCAGCGGGCACUGGCGGUUUAACACCACGGGCGGUGGGAGCCAAAGAAGCCGUCAGCCAGGAAGCAUCGCUGGAGGAAGACACAUCAGACACGUAUGACAACCUCCGACCAAUUGUGAUCGAUGGAUCCAAUGUUGCCAUGAGCCAUGGAAACAAAGAGGUGUUCUCAUGCCUGGGCAUUCAACUGGCUGUUGAUUGGUUCCUGGAGAAGGGCCACAAAGACAUCACAGUUUUCGUUCCAGCAUGGAGGAAAGAACAGUCAAGACCUGAUGCGCCAAUCAAAGAUCAGGAGAUCCUACGGAAAUUAGAGAAGGAAAAGAUCCUCGUCUUCACGCCGUCUCGCAGAGUCCAAGGCCGACGAGUGGUUUGCUACGACGACCGUUUUAUCGUCAAGCUGGCCUGCGAUUCAGACGGGAUCAUCGUGUCCAACGACAACUACCGAGACUUGCAGAAUGAGAAACCAGAGUGGAAGAAAUUUAUUGAGGAACGACUCCUCAUGUACAGCUUCGUCAACGACAAGUUCAUGCCUCCUGAUGAUCCUUUAGGCAGACAUGGACCCAGUCUGGAAAAUUUUCUCCGCAAACGACCAGUGGUUCCAGAGCACAAGAAGCAACCAUGUCCUUAUGGUCAGUACAGCAAAAGUAAGAAGUGCACGUACGGCCAUAAAUGCAAGUACUACCACCCAGAAAGAGCCAACCAACCUCAGCGGGCUGUUGCAGACGAGCUCAGAGCCUUUGCCAAACUCUCCGCUGUAAAGACAAUGAGUGAGGGGGCACUUGCCAAAUGUGGGACCUCUGGUUCUGCUAACAAGGGAGACGGUAGCUCUGAGGCAAAGCGAGUGGCACCCAAGCGCCAGUCUGACCCUAGUAUCCGGUCGGUUGCAUGCGAGCAAGAAGAGAGACUCUGUCCAGCACGGAAGGCUGAGGCCAAUUCGGUACCGUCGUUAGUUUCGGCCCUUAGCGUUCCAACUAUGCCGCUGACGAAAAGUCACGCGGCAGGCGCUCUUAACACACGCUCUGCGAGCAGCCCUGUUCCAGGGUCUCUGCACUUUACCCACAGCUCGCUCGAGCAUGCGGGCAGUGUCCAAUAUCCUCCCAUCCUUGUAACCAAUAGUCAGGGCGCCUCCGUGGCUUAUGGUGAGCCGUUCCCCAAGUACGACUCUGUGGUAAGCGAUCACGGCUACUAUUCAAUGCUCAGUGACUUCUCCACCAUCAGCCUCCAAGACAGUUUCUGCAGUCUUGAACAGCCAGAGCCUGUAGGGGUGGGUGGAGGAUAUCCUGGCAGAGCCAGCAUGUGCCCAGAACCCGGCCGAAGUCAUUCGUCAGACUCCUAUUCAUCCUACAGUGGAGAGAUGUACCUCAACUCAUUGGAGGGAAGCCUGGAUGAAAGCAUGAAAGGGCCACCGUCGCAGACCCAGACUCAACCUUCGGCGCAAACACGCCUUCAAGCCUUUGCUCACGGUUUCCACCAUGAGGCCUUGACACGUGUGCAGAGCUACGGAAUGGAUGAACCCAAACUGGGACCUCGAAAACAGUCCUCCGCCCACCUUGCACCACACUCCCAACACCCGGUUGUCGGCAACCGAUCCAGCUGCCCAGGAGACUACCCUCCUGUGUCCCAGAACAUGUUGCCUUCCACCAGCCCUUCCCAGCAGGGUCGGUCCUUAGGCAUGACUCGAAUGGACAGCAUCUCUGACUCACGGCUCUACGAGAGCAAUCCGUUGCGCCAGCGGAGACCUCCUCUUUGUCGAGAGCAGCAUGCCAGCUGGGACCCUUUGCCGUGUGGUAAUGAGCCCUACAGUUACGGAAGCUAUGGAUUAACAGGAGGCCUCAUGCCUUGCUGUGAAAGGGUGAUGGUCCGCAGCAUGCCCGAGAAGAUGGAGCAGAUCUGGAGGUCCCCGUGGGAUAGCGUGCCGCCUCCACCGCUCAGUGCUCGUGGGCCAGCGGAGGAACCCCAAGAGCGGCACCCUAUUCCAGAACACCACUAUCAAACAUACCGAAACCUCUGUAACAUCUUCCCGGCGUAUGUGGUCCAUUUGGUCAUGGAGGAGAACCCUCACAUGACUGAUCCCCAGCAGCUGGCUGCCGUCAUCGUCACUAAACUGCGAACUUGCCACUAAGCACACCACGAAAGGCUGCUAACAACAACUAGUGAAUGAGAAAUCGGGCACCUUGAGAAUUCCGUAUUUUUGUUUCGCUCUGAAGAAACAACCAGCCCUUGUGUGCAAUUAUGAUUGGAUCCAUUAGGAGGUUAGCUAGCAUGAUAGCAUUGAUGCUGCAUUGGUUAUGUCAUCUGUUAAGCCAUAUGGGAGCCUGGAUCUUGUACCUGAGAAGUUUAGCGUAGAAACCUGAGAUCCCUCGUCAAAAAGUCCACCGUUCAGCUCUUGAGAUGGGCCAAAAGGUGGUUCAUAAAGCCGACUCAAAAGUGUAUCCACGUUGAGAGAGCAACUGUCUGCCAGUUUGAUGGCAUAUCUUGAGAAUGUCUUCUUUUGUUGGUGAUGAUAACAUUUAUCCUUUGAAAAAGAGUUACAUGAGAGAAAUCUCUUUGGUAAAACUGAUCAGAAAUGAUCCUGCACAAUAUGAAUAAUAUUGUGUAUGUAUAUGUGUAUUCACUUGCAUUUGCGUGUAAAUAUGACGUGACACCGUGGUGGUGUGUUUUUUUUGGUGUGCGUGAUGACUUGUGUGAUUUCAGAAAGAGGAAUGAACGCUUGCGUACCUCAAAGCAUGACCUUUGAACUUUUAUGGCCUUACAUUGGAGUGACCUCACCACACGUUAAUGUGAAUAGUGCUUAAUAGCUGUGGAGGUCACUGUUUUGCAGUUGUUUUAUAAAAGCGAGCACUUGGACAGAAAGGUUAAGAUUCUUUCAUGCUGCGGUUCAGACUUUUUAACUGGCUGGGCUGUAACUGCAAUCCUGCCCUGCGACGUCUGUUCGCACGCACACACGGAUGCGUAUUUACGAAGCCAUUUUCAAAGAUUGAGCCAAAAAGAUAAUCGGUGUAUGUUUUUCUGAUCUGAAAGCACUAGGUAUGUCUAGUUGGAGAAGUUAUUCUUAUGUAUUCCUUAAAUGUUGUUGUUGUAUUGUAGAUUUCAAGAGAGAUGUUUGAGUAAGCAUGGGCUUCAGUAAAUCUCUCCCAGACAGCAUGUUAGCACUAUGCUUGACAGAGAGCGCCGCUCACAUUUGGCUCGUUAGUCAAUAACUACGUUCAAGUAUUCACAAACUGGGGAGGAGAAUGCGUCUCUUCGGCAAAAUGCUCCUGUGCAGCAUCUGUUUUCUGAUUGAUGCCGAGAGACCGCCCCGUUUCAUCUGCUCCGCCCUGUAAAUGAACAUAUCUUCAGGAGAGCGUGAAUGUUAUUGGUCCAGAGAUGCUCUGGGUGUUUUCAAAAAGACUUAAAUUGCUCCUUCAUUUUUUUUUUUUCAUGAGCACAUGUGUGGACCCAUGGGGCCCCAUUACUGCUCGUGGGAAGGAGUGACACACUGCCUACCUGUCUCUUCCUGUGCGACACACACAUGGAACACCAGGCUGUUGUUGGGUUGUUUCUGACAUUUGGCUGACAGUUCGCUUGCUGCCUCUCUACCGCCCCCGACCCUGCUUCGACUUGGACACAAAACCCAACCUCUCAGCUCUCUAAUACGAACACAGAUGGUUCUCCUUCCCCUUAGG